UCCAAAAUAAAUAUUGACGUGAUCGUUGUAUUCAAAUGAGCGGCAUGACCGGACACGGACGGGCCAAUCAGAGCUCAUCGUAUCAUUACACCUUCUUUUCAGAAAUCAUUCAUAACGCCGAUGCGUCAAACACUCACAGAGCGACCGGCUAUAAAUACGGCUGCGCGCAACGCACAGUUAGACAUCUUCCAAAAAUCACACGAAAGGCACAGAGUAGCAAUCGUGGGAAUUCAGUCCGGCGCCUUUUCAUCUGCAAAUUUUCUCUGAACUGCUCUUUAUUACAUAUUCCAAUUUGAUACUCAGAACAUGUUGGCUAUGCGUGGAUUGAGGCACGUAGCUGUGGCAGUGGCUGUGUGCUCGCUGCUCGUUACGGUGACGCUGGGGUCCCCGGUGGUGGGGUCAGAACCGAUCCGAUGCGCCCCGUGUACCCCGGAACGGCUGAGCCAGUGUCCGGCGGUGGCGCCCGGCUGUGCCGAGGUGCUGCGGGAGCCCGGCUGCGGAUGCUGCCUCGCCUGCGCCCUGAAGGCGGGGGAGCUGUGCGGGAUCUACACGGCGCCGUGUGGCUCCGGAUUGAGAUGCACUCCGAGACCCGGCGACCCCCGGCCACUGCAUUCCCUCACCCGCGGACAGGCCGUAUGCACGGAGAGCGCUGCGCCGGCGCCCACCCCGGAGCCCCAGACUCAAGACCAGGGAGAGCCAGACGCUGAGGUGGAGAACUCAGCCAUCACAGUCUCCAGCUACCUCCCCGGUCUCCCCUUUGACCCGCGGGCUGUGACUGAGGCUCAGGAGAGCAUGAAAGCCAAACUCAUCGCCAUUCGCAGGAAACUGGUGGAGCAGGGUCCUUGCCAUCUGGAAUUGGUGACUGCUUUGGACAAGAUUACCAAAUCCCAAGAGAAACAAGGAGAUAAAUUCACCAAAUUCUACCUCCCCAACUGUGACAAGCGUGGCCUUUACAAACCCAAGCAGUGUGAAUCAUCUCUGGACGGACAAAAGGGGCGAUGUUGGUGCGUGAACACCUGGAAUGGCAAGCUUUUAAGUUCCAGCGACCUGCCUGCAGAUGCCGAGUGUCCUUAAAGAGAUUGGUCCGAUCUCGCAGUGAAAGAGAGAAAAAAAGAAGAAAAAAAAAGAAACGAAGAAGCAAGCCACUAUUUUUCCUUUUUUUUUUUGGGUAGCUGUUAUUUAUUGACCUUGUCCAUGGUGGUGUUUAAUUCAGGUACACUGUCAUUACGGGGCUAUAGGUCCCAACCACCCUGAACCCCAACCCCCCCUUCCUCUACAAACUCCCAUCCCAAAGACACAAAGAAAAUCUAUUUUUGUUUUUUCUGUAAAGGAGAUUUUAAUGUUAAUGCAUUUACAUUAUGCUCUAUAGCCUUAUUUAUUUUAUUGCUUUUUAUUUGUUAUUUGUAAUUAUUCAUGAGUAUUUAUAUCUUUUUUGCCUUAUUGUUAUUACCUUAUUAUGUUUAUGAGUGUAUAAAGUGUAUAUAUGUAUCUUGGCCCCUACAGCUCCACAGCUGAGUUGAGCUCGCUCUACCCUUAAGGAGCUGUCUGGAGGUUUGGUUUGAGAAAAAAACCAAGCAAGAACAAAAGCACUGAGUGACCAAAUCUCAUUUAGAAGUUUUUCUAAAUGAUCUUCUUAUUCCUUUUCACUUCAUGUCUUUUUUUAUUAUUAUUUUUAUAUUGUUUUUUUUUUUUUAUUUAAUGAAAUUAUACAUCAGUUAAUGCAAAAGCUCUCAGUUGGGAAUCCUCUACACUCUCAGAAAUCAUUUCCCAUGAUCCCAUGGGUCUGCAGAUAGCAUGAUGGGUGGCAGUUCUCCCGAGCCUCCUCUCAAACGGGUAUCUCUACAUUAACCUACCUCCAAUAUUUACGUGUCUGCUGUCAUUUUUUUUUUUGUUGAUGUUUCUGUCCUCUUUGACCACAUGACCACAAAGAGUGAGCCGCUUGACUCGGCUCUGUAUACAUGCUGCUGUUGGAGAGAGAAUUGUAUUUUAUGUGGAUCUAUUCCAAAGUGACUAACUCUAUGUACACUUUUGUUACUGACAUGUAAUAAAAGAAAAAAGGUGAUAUAUUUAAUAAAAACAUUAAUCUCA